AUGGAAGUCAUGGCAGAAUUGAUUGCCAAACAAUCAGAAUUGGGAAAACAAAUCCAACAACUGAUCACUAACUUCAAAAAGGACUCAAAAGAGAGGCAGACAUCCCCUCGAUACUAUGAAGAGCGUAUUAGGCGACUCAACGAAUUAUGGGAACAAUUUGACCAUAACGACACACAAAUCAGGAAUUUGCCAGAUUUGGAUACGAGCGUUGCAUAUUUUACCAGCAACUACUUUCAAGAAAUCAAAGAAUUAUUUGAAAAAUAUGAGCAUAUUUUCGAAAAUGAAUUAUCAACCAAAAUACCUCCAACACCUUCCUCAAAGGAGUCAGCAACGACAGCACGUCAACCGAUGCCGUCACCAAGGGAAGGACAAUAUAGCACAAGUAUAACACGAAUGAUACACAAGCAAGGUGCAAUUUGUGUAUCACUGAAGCGACUCAUAGCAGGCAUCAAUCGUCAAACAGGCGUUCAGAUGAAAUCCUUUUAUGAAGUGAAUAUGGCAAGAAUUGAGAAGCUAUGGAACGAGAUUGAAGCCAUUAAUUUUGAAAUUUGGGAGUACACCAACAAUCCGACUACAGUGGGAUAUAAACUCGAUGAGUACCUCGAAAUGGAAGAAUUGGUUCAGUCAACUUUAAUUUCGUUGGCUUCAAAGAAAGCAAAUGAUGAACAAUCACAACAAGGAAGCAGUAAACCAGACAGCGCUGGUGUAUCACUGCCUAAGGUAACAAUACCAAAAUUCGAUGGCGAUUAUUUGAAGUGGUGUCAAUUCUAUGAUUUGUUCACCGAAAUGAUUCACAAGCAGCAGCUUUCUAACGCUCAGAAAAUGUGGUAUCUCAAAGGUAGUUUAACAGGAGAAGCAGAAGGCUUAGUCCGACACCUGUCAAUAACCAACGAGAAUUAUCAAACGGCAUGGAAUUUGCUACAAGAACGAUAUCACAACAAAAGAAUUAUUGUAGCAACAAUCAUUCAAAGAAUUCUAAAUCAACCAAUAAUAUCAAUCAAUCCUUCAGCGGCAGAAAUAAGGACACUACAUGAUGUUACAUUUGAAGGAUUGCUGGCUCUAAAAAAUGUGGGACUCGAAACAGAUUCAUGGUCGCCGCUACUGCUUCACAGUUUGCUCCUCAAACUAGAUAAGCAGACUCGCAUUUUGUAUGAACAGUCGCUGACUCAUCCAAGAGAGAUUCAGUCGAUUAAGGAGUUCAUGAUCUUCCUGGAAUCAAGAUUCCAGUCCUUAGAGGUAAUUGGCCAUAGGGAAAAGCCAUACUCAGCAAAAGCCCUUGCCACAACUAUGGGAAAGGCAAAUAUAUCAACCUGUAAGAUCUGUAAUAAUGGAUCACAUCCGAUAUAUUAUUGCAAAACAUUCUUGCAAUCAACACCACAAGGUCGUAUCAAGACAGUACAAAAACUUAGACUGUGUUUGAACUGCUUACGUACUGCAAAAGUUCCCGGUGCAACAAGUGCAGCAAGAACCACAAUUCAUUCAUUGGUUGAGAAACCCGGUCAUCAACCUUCUACUGUAAUCACAGCAUUAACACAAAAUAAGGGAUACGUUCUUCUUAGUACAGUUAAUAUGAAAAUAGCUACGUUUGAUGGUGAUUUCAUUGAGUGCAGAGCAAUACUCGAUUCUGGAUCACAAAUAAACUUAAUCACAGAAAAACUGGCAAGAAAAUUAAAAUUGCAGUUACACUCAUCACCGUUCUGGAUAGAAGGAAUUGGUAGAAGCAAAAGGGACACAAAAUACAGUGUGACAACAAAAAUUCAGUCUCGAAUUAAUGAUUUCAAUGUAAAUAUCAACGCAUUCGUGAUGCCUCGAAUUAUCUCAGCCCAACCAACACAAUGUCUGGACACUUCUGGUUGGUCAAUUCCUCAGAAUAUAAAAUUGGCUGAUCCAGACUUCGCGAAUCCAAAUCAAAUUGACUUAUUAAUUGGAGCAGAAUUCUAUCACAGCUUUUUAUCGAUUGGUCAAAUCAAAAUAGGUGAGGGUCUACCUGCACUUCAGAACACGGUUUUCGGAUGGAUAUGCAGUGGCAAGGUUAGCAACGGUAAUCAAAAAUUACUUACCUGUGGCAUGUGCAGCGAAGCUGACGACGAAGCAUUGGAUAAUAUACUUACUAAAUUCUGGCAAUUGGAGGAAAUCAAUCAAACGGAUGACAAAUUCACUGAUGCAGAAAAGAAAUGUGAAGAAUCUUUUGCUCAAAAUACUCACCACAAUCAUGAAGGGCGAUUUGUCGUGAAACUACCAUUUAAGGAAGAUACAACUGUUCUUGGUGAAUCCAUGCAGAUGUCGAUGAAUCGAUUUUUUAGUCUUGAACGUCGGCUGUUGAGGAAUUCUGAACUAAAGAAGAUGUACGUUGACUUCAUGCGAGAGUAUGAACAUCUCGGCCACAUGGAAAAAAUCAAUCAGGAUGAUAUAAUGCAUCCACAUUACAUUUUGCCACAUCAUUGUGUAAUCAAGGCAGAUAGUACUACAACAAAGCUUCGCGUGGUUUUUGAUGCAUCUGCAAGAACAUCAACCGGAGUCUCACUCAAUGACAUCAUGCAUAAUGGUCCAGUCGUGCAAAACGAACUCUCAUCCAUUUUACUGCGUUUCAGGAAACCACGCUUCGUUUUUACAACAGAUAUUGAAAAGAUGUAUCGGCAGAUACUAAUUGAUCCACGAGAUGAAUAUCUUCAAAUCAUUAUCUGGCGAGAGUCACCAGAAGAAAACUUGUGCUAUUACAAAUUAAAAACGGUAACGUAUGGCACAAGAGCAGCGCCGUAUCUGGCAACUAAGUGUCUACAAACCCUGGCCAGAGAGCAUGCCGUUAAAUUUCCACUUGGUUCCGCUACACUCAGCAAGGAUUUUUAUGUCGAUGACGGUUUAAGUGGCUCAGACAGUCUCACGGAGGCAAUUGCAACAAAGGAUCAACUUAUUAAAAUAUUGGUGACAGCUGGUUUCAAACCUCGCAAGUGGUGCGCAAAUAAUGCCCAAUUACUUCAAGGACUCGCUCCAGAAGAUCAAGAAGUUGAUCUCGAUGUCAGCAGUGAGUCACAUAAGACAGUAAAAACUCUAGGCCUUAUCUGGCUACCAAAAUCUGAUCAGUUUUCAAUAAAAACUAACGGACCUAUACACAGCAAAAUAACAAAGAGGACCGUAAGUUCCGAGUUGGCGCACAUUUUUGAUCCACUUGGAUUAAUGGCUCCCGUAGUAGUGAAGGCGAAAAUAUUCGUUCAAAGAUUGUGGCAGUUAAAACUUUCGUGGGAUGAAGCUCUGCCUGCUGAAAUGCAUACUCAAUGGACCCAUUUUCGUCAAAGCUUAUGUGAAAUAAACAAUGUGAAGAUUCCACGACAUAUAUUUCAUCAUAAACAACCAAGGAAUACUCAGAUUCAUGUAUUUACUGAUGCCUCCGAAAGGAUCUAUGGAGCUGCCAUUUACAUCAGAGCCGAAAUGACUGAUCGAACUAUCUCAGUUCAGUUACUUUGUUCAAAAUCACGCGUCGCUCCAUUAAAAACGCAGACAAUACCAAGACUUGAGUUAUGUGCGGCUUUACUAGGAGCACAAUUGGUAGUAAAGGUAAAAAAGGAUUUGGAAUAUGAACAUCAUCCGAUAUUUAUGUGGACUGAUUCUGAGAUAACAUUGCAUUGGAUCAAUUCAGAACCAUCAACAUUCCAAACUUUCGUUGCUCAUCGUAUCAGUAAGAUUCAGCAAUUAACACUAAAGGAACAGUGGAGGCAUGUCAAUACUAAACAAAAUCCAGCUGAUCUAUUAUCCAGAGGUGUAGAUCCAAUUUACAUUCAGAAGAAUGCAAUGUGGUUUUAUGGGCCACUUUUCCUUCAUGGAAAUCAAGAAUGCUGGCCCCAACCAUUCCGUCAGGAAUUGAUAACAUCCGACCAUAUACAAGCGGAAGUCAAAAGCAAGGUGCAUGUGCUUACAAUUUCACAUGAUGAUGAACUAAUCAAAAUGAUUUAUACGAUAAGGCAUGGAAACUCAUUCAUAAGGUUGCAACGAAUUCUUGGCUAUGUGUUGAGAUUCAUCAAAGGGUUACGUAAUAAGAGCAAGCACAACGACAUCAAUUUGACACCAUUAGAACUGGAUGAGUCAUUACUCAUAAUUAUAAAAGCCAUACAGCUAAGUGAUUUCAAUGAAGAACGACAUCAACUCUUAAAGAAAAGGGAUCUAAAGGGAAGCAGUAGUCUCCACGGACUUUCUCCAUUUAUCGAUGAUAGUGGCGUCAUCGGGGUUGGAGGUCGAUUGACGUCAACACAUCUUACCUACGAUGCCAAACACCCCAUGCUGCUGCCAUAUAACGAUCCAAUAGCUAAGCUCAUAAUGAAACAUUUACAUGAGAAGGGACUUCACUGCGGACCGCAAACAUUAUUAGCCCAGUGCAGGCAGCGAUUUUGGCCAAUAAAAGGCAAGAUUAUGGCUCGAUCCAUUGUGCAACAUUGUGUACAAUGCACUCGACUUUGUUAUUGUCUAUUCUAA